UUUCGUUUGUUUUUUCCUGGAAGUGCAUAAUUUCCACUUGAUUUAGUUAUCAGUACUAAUUAUGUGACUUUAAUUCUUUGUCCUGAAUCAUGGGAGCCCCUAACAUCGUUAUGACUCAUUUAAAACAAACUUGACAAAAGUCCUUUCUGUUCUUUUAAAUUUGUUAGCUUUUUUUGUUAAUACAAUUUUCUUCCAAAAUCAAAUAUUUAAUAUAAUAACUUUUAGUUCAAGUAACCCUCAUUUUUCCCAGAAGUUUCACAAAAAUUUCUAUUCCCAUCGCCUCUUCUCACAAUUCAAGCUAAAAUUGCCGAAUCGACUUUAAAACAUUUUAAACAUUUUUGUUUCUCUCGACAGUUUUCUGUUUUUUCAUUGUCGAGCCCAUUCAUCCAUUAUCUGACCGUGGUGUUAGUGGUAGAAUCACCAAGUUUCAAAUGCGCAUUUUUUUAGUCGACUGCUGAUUUUUUAUUUUUUUCUUAACAUUCUCAUUUGUAAUUUUCAUGUAAUUUUACAUUUCGGCGGAAAUUAUCCAAAACACCACCAAAUCUCUGAUCAGUCAACCCAUUUUACAUUUUAUUUUUUUAGAUCAGAUUUAUUCUUUUUUGUUUCUUUGGAUUUAUUUUCAAAUUAAUCGGAUUUAAUAACACUUUAAUUUUUAUAAACUGGAUCUUCCAAUUUUGAUCACCACUCAACUGUAUCUAUGAUCAUCUCAUAAAAACUGUCUAACACUUUAGAUUUUCAACUCAUCUACUCGAAAAAAAAUCGGAUUUCCCAUUAAGAUAUUUUAUUCGCUGUUGUAAAGUUGAAUUGUAGGAGAAAACUUCCCAUUUGUGAUUGGAUCGUUGGAUUAGUGGUGGAAAUAGUUUAUCACAGGCAGAAGAAUAAAUUAUUAAACUGACUGGUAUUGAUAUUGAAUAAUUUAUUUGCAAUGUUUAUCGAGGAGAGUUUGUCAUUUGAGAACUUUUCUUCCUCGGGUUUGCGCGGCUCAACCAAUUACUACGACGUUCAGUACGAUGAUCGAGUCUUGCCUCAGGGAGAGUUGGAGGAGAAUAUCCCCGAAUUCCCCUUUUCUGAGGAAACACAACGCCGUCUGUCAACUGAUACCUUUGCAAUCACUAAUGAUCUACAUGAUCACGCCGUUCUGCACAACGAUCAUACCGCAUUACUUGAUACCAUAUUACAAGAUACGCUUUUGCAAGAUCACAAGAGGAUGGAUAAUGCUGUGAUUGAGAAGAAUAUGAUGGAUAAGGAGAAACCUUUGAAGAAUGGUUUUGAGCUUGCUAGUAGGCAGCUGACUAACAGACAACACGUCAGUAACAGGCAAAAUGCCAAUAACAAGCAACAGUUGAAUAAUAGGCAAACUGCUGGUAACAGGCAGCAGUCCAAUAACAAGAAUCAGUAUUCUGUCAAACAACAUUCGACAAAGAAAUCUGAGUUGAAUAACCGUCAACUCAAUGGAACUCAAGUGACAAAUGCACAUCCUAAUAAUGGUCAACUGAGUAAUAGGCAGCAAUUAACAAAGAGACGCCAGUUGCACAAUGGCCACCAUUUGCGUCCAAGAACCGAGGAUCAGUUGCGUAUUGGCAAGGAUUACUUUGACGAUUUGUCAGAUUACCUGAAUUUGGAGGAUGAGGUUCCUGAGGUGAAGAAGAAUCCCGUUCUUGAGCAGAAUCUAAAGUGCAAAAUUGACGAAGAUGCACUGAUUGACAUUUUCAAGAAAAACGGGGCGAAGUGUGAAUCUAAGUCAGAGAUGGCGAAGAUUCUUGCGAAGGCUAAGAAGAAGUACGUCUGGGCUCCUGGAUUCUGCCUACAACUUGGCUCCAAGGGCCGGAAAAUCAUGCUCCAGCUUUUGCGCAUGGCCUACAAAACCAACAAGAAGAACAAGCGCGUUUUCCAGUGCAAAAAUCCGCCCACAACCAUCUCAAAUUUGCCAUUUUUCAAGAUUAACAUGCUCUGGGAACUUGCGUACGACAUGGGUGUUUUCGACGAGGCUCUCCUCAUUCACGAGUUUUUCGGGAAUGUCAAGCGUACUAACAAGCCCAGCCCGUCACUUUAUGGUGAAUUCCAAGUCACGUUCAACAAUAAAAAACCUGAUCCCAUGAAAUAUCCACUCCCAAAUCCACAAAUCAAUAACAUUCCACGGAAUGGAUACGUUUAUGACGGAUUCGGUGGUUUUAACGACAGCUAUAACGAUCCUUAUGUUCAAGAUCACAUUCCCAUCUCAUUUGCACACUCAGCGGAGUUUGUGGGCGGGGAUAACGGGAUGGUCCCAGACUCAAAUGAUCUCUCAAACAUAAUCUCAAGAGAAGAGUUCAUCUCAACAAUCAGUGAGACCUACACUCGCUCACUCGCAAUGAACGCCAACAACCAAUUCCUACACGAUGACAACACCACACAAUUCGUUCAAAGAAUUGAUCCGUUGAAUGUACAUUUUCGUCUGGGAGACCCACAGUUGAAUUCAGUCCAUGAGUUCGUUACCAAUAACGCGAUGGAAGAUCACCCAGUGAGGGUUGAGAAGAGGAGGUACAGGAAUGGCUUAAAACACGACACGCACAUUUCAACCUCGCCAAGCUCACUCUCGACAGACGUGCCCUCAGUCACAGAGGACCAGAUCAACGACGACGAGAUCUAUCUCCACCACUCAUUCGAGUAACUGCCCCACUGAAUAACAUUGAGUUGAACCAAAGAGACUAUUUUACUAUACUGUUGUUGCCUGAUGUGGCCCUGAUCACCUGACUCCGUGACUAGGCUCAUCUGCAACCGCCAACCUGUUUAUCACAACCUUACUUGUUGGUUUUGGAUUUUGUUGUACUUUUCUUUUGUCGUUGUUGUUUAACACAUUUAACUUUUCAUUUUUCCA